CAGCAAGGGCGAUAGCACCGAGGACGAGGGUAUCGUUUUAUCCGACGAGGAAGAGGAUCCGGCUCAGGUCUAUCACAGCACCAGACCUGCAUCUUGCGUGGGUGGUUUUGGUAGUAGCGAUGCUUCUGGGUGGACACCACGGGUGCAUCCAACCAAUGCUGCCAUGUCGCCGAUCCAAUACCCGAAUUCGUCGCUGCGAAGCACGAUCUCACAGGACUUUGCCAACCAGCCUUUGCCAGAGAUGAUUGCUGCCCCUAUUGGCAGUCUCCCUCGCCCCACGGUUGGCCAGAGCGACACCUGCAGACGGCUUGGAGCAGUGCAAACGCCAAGCUCGCUGCAUGUGGGGGAUAGAUUCCCCGCAUGUAAAGGUUAUGAGUGCAGGACUGAGGUACCGGACAGUGGUGGUACCAAAGGCCAUAGUGCUACCGCUGUGGCUGCUCUGGCGCAGAUGCGCUACACGCGGCCGGCAGCGGGUCUGCCUGCAACGCCGGCCCAAGCUUAUGAGGUGGAGGAGUGUAAUAGCGACGAUGAUCAAGACGUUGCCUCGGCUGAUGAGCUAGACAUAACUCAUGUUGAGACGCCCAACCAGGUAAUAUCCUUGCCAGGGGUUAGCAGCCUUCUCAUGGGCAUCAAUGCGCCCAACAAAAGGUCGGCACCAGGUGCCAACAGCCUGGAGUUCCUUGCCAAGUGGCCGAUUUGCAACCGUGGCAUGUCUCUUGCCCGCGGCCGUUCAAGGGCUGGACACAGGGUUGAAUUCCGUGAUGCAUUGGGUUCUUUUCUAUUCAGAGACAUCCUUAGCAGCGAUUACAUCCUAGAAGACGUGUUCUUCCAGUACUACCCUAAUGCGCCGCGUAACGUGAUAUUCUACACCUAUGACCAGGUCGCCCUACCAAGACAGACCUCGCUCGGCUACGCAACCAGGUGCUACGGUGACGGCGGCGACACUAUUGUGAUCUGGGUCAGGCAGCCUGCAUCAGCCGACUCUGACUACGAGCCGAGGUGGAGCACGUAAAGAAGACUCGGUCCGUAGCAUUCCUUUUCAAUGUUCUUCUACAAUAGCACUCCUCCAAAAUCCCCAAAUCUCAAAAACAGAACAUGCUUGCCCAAUGCAAAGACCUGCGGGC